UUGCACUCCCGGUCUGAUCCGGCUCUGAUCCGAGCUUUUGUCCCUUCUCCUGCCAAUGGCGAGAGGCAUGUGAUCCUGACAUGUGCUCGUUCGGUGAGGUCACCCCUCUAUCCUCUAUAAGAAUAUUGGUUCCAAAAAAACGCACCGAGCACCCUCCAUUCUGGUCGUCAUCCCGUUCCUUUCAUACGAUCGUCAAAAACAGGGCUGACUCCAGGCCGCACGCCUCGCGCCAUGUUCUUCUGCUCUCUCUUUAUUUGAAUACCCACAAGAGGUUCGGAACGUGUCUAUCUGGGUGUUGAGAACGGAGAGGGGGGAGAUAAAGGGUCGCUCUGUUUUUUUUUAUCUUUGCUCUUUGGGGGUCGAAGGGAAACAGCCAGGCAUGGCCACGAAGGGACUCGUUGUUUAUCUGAUAUCUGGUUUCGCUCUCGCCAUUGCGUCUGCGUUUUUUCUUGCCAACGAGACGCACGAGGAUGCGGAACCGAGCGCUCUCGUUUCGUUGCGGUCGACCCUGCGCGGAUCAGACACCGAGAAAGUCUGGCCGAAAUUGGAAUUUGGGUGGAGGGUGGUGGUGGCCACGGUGAUAGGUUUUCUGGGGUCGGCAUGCGGGACGGUCGGCGGGGUCGGGGGCGGCGGCAUUUUCGUUCCGAUGCUCACUCUCGUCGUCGGAUUUGAUACCAAGUCUGCUGCUGCCAUUUCCAAGUGUAUGAUAAUGGGGGCAUCCGCGGCAUCCGUCUGGUACAACCUGAGAGUACCCCAUCCGAUGAGGGAAGCGCCCAUCAUAGACUAUGAUUUGGCCCUUCUGUUCCAGCCCAUGCUCAUGCUCGGCAUCACCGUCGGUGUAGCGCUCAGUGUGGUCUUCCCUUACUGGCUCAUCACCAUCUUAAUCAUCAUACUCUUUUUAGGAACCUCAUUAAGGUCCUCCUUCAAAGGGCUGGAGAUGUGGAAGGAGGAAACAAUCCUGAAGAAAGAAUUGACCCAGCAGCAAGAGACUCUCGUGAACUCUCGUGGUGAACUUCUCAUCGAUACACAGUAUGAUCUGCUCAUUCCAAAAGAAGAGAAAACGGAAUUGCAAAUACUGUGUCUGAACCUUAGGUGGAAAAGGAUUUUGAUACUAGUCCUUGUCUGGGUUGCCUUCCUGCUUCUUCAGGUCAUCAAGAAUGAUCUAGUAGUUUGUAGUGCAUGGUACUGGGUGCUCUUCUGCUUGCAGCUCCCAAUCGCAAUAGCUGUAUUUGGAUAUGAAGCAGUGAAAUUGUACAGAGAGCACAAGAAGAGGAUGUGCACUGGUAACACCGAAGCCAUAUGCGAGGCCACAAUCCAGUGGACAGCAGUGCACAUUGUGUUUUGCGCGCUCUGCGGCAUCUUAGGAGGCUGCGUCGGGGGUCUUCUGGGUUCGGGUGGCGGAUUCAUUCUAGGGCCACUUCUCCUCGAGAUUGGAGUCAUUCCUCAGGUCGCUAGUGCGACGGCGACAUUUGUGAUGAUGUUCUCAUCAUCCUUGUCUGUGGUGGAGUUCUACCUGCUUAAGAGAUUUCCCAUCCCCUACGCACUGUAUCUCAUGUCAGUUUCGAUAUUGGCUGGUUUCUGGGGACAAUACUUCGUAAGGAAACUGAUAACGUUCUUGAGAAGAGCUUCCCUCAUCGUAUUCAUUCUCUCUGGUGUCAUCUUUGCUAGUGCCCUCACCAUGGGGUUCGUUGGCAUUGAGAAGAGCAUUGUGAUGAUUGAGAAUCACGAGUUCAUGGGAUUUUUGAGCUUCUGCAGUAGUCAGUAAAAACCAUUGGAGUGGCAUUGGUGGAGAAAGUUACUAGUGGGAUCAAGUGCCAAGAGUAAUGUGAUUUUAUCUUUCGUGGGAUAGUCCAAGUGUUGGCCAAUUCCUAGUUGACCAACCUAGGCAAAAUAAUUUUACCAACAAUAAAAGCUGUCAAGCUUAAUGUAGUGUUAGCUUCUGGCUAACACCCCCCUCAUUCUUGGAGGUGUUCUUUUUGCUCUCUUCAGACUGGUUCACGUGCCUUUAGGUUUCUUAGCCUUGUAUUUUGGAUUGGUUUUAGCCUCUUUUAGAGACCAUAAAUAAAAGAUUAGAAAGAUGCAAGUACAUCUCUUUUUGAA